GGCAAAAAGGGCUUCUUACAAGCUGACGAGGAAAGCGUUAGGCAGGAAACGCCCGACGCGUCCGAGUCGACUCGGUCCUCUAAUCUUCUACAUGAAAAGGUUGCCUCGACAUUACAUUUGUCCAAGACGACUCCGAUCCGCCGUCGUUUCCCCUCCCGAUCUCUAUUUUUGAGGAGUCAAUAUAGUAGGGUUGAUUCUUUUAUUCUGCUUAGACAGGAAAAUUUGGGAACUUUUUUCAUUAUUAUUGGUAUGUAAUUGAACUGGUGAAUUUUAUUUACACAACCAUGAGUUUCGUUUUCCGAGGGACGAGAUCAGAUUUAGAGAGUGGAUUUCCAGGAUUCAUUCCGGAAAGGCGUGCUGUGCGUGUCCAUGCAGGACGUCCUGUUAAUUCCAACUCUCUUGUAUUUCUUGUUACAGUACUUUUGCUAUUCAUGAUAUUGAACUCACACCAGAUGUCACCUAAUUUUCUGCUUUGGCUGGUCCUUGGAGUGUUUUUGAUGGCCGCAACCUUAAGGAUGUAUGCUACCUGUCAACAACUUCAAGCUCAGGCCCAAGCACAUGCUGCAGCAGCAAGUGGCCUUCUUGGCCAUACUGAACUGCGGUUGCAUAUGCCACCAUCAAUUGCACUUGCAACAAGAGGGCGUCUACAAGGCCUUAGAUUGCAGCUUGCACUUCUCGACCGAGAAUUUGAUGAUCUUGAUUAUGAAACUCUGAGAGCACUUGAUGCCGACAAUGUCCCCACAGCUACUUCAUUGAGCGAAGAAGAGAUAAAUGCCCUUCCAGUUCACAAGUAUAAGGUGGCUGCUCCUCAAAGCAGUGACUCUACAAUGCAACAAGCAUCAUCUUCAAACUCACCUCAGAAGAAGCACGAUUCUACUAAUCCAGUUUGUGGCAUGAAGGGCUCAGAAGAUGAAUUGACCUGCAGUGUUUGCUUGGAGCAAGUCAGUGUUGGAGACCUCAUCCGCAGUUUACCCUGUUUGCAUCAGUUUCAUGCUAGUUGCAUCGACCCAUGGUUACGACAACAAGGAACAUGCCCUGUUUGUAAGUUCCGAGCAGGAUCUGGGUGGCAUGAAACUGGUGGAAUAGAUGCUUCCUACAUGGUUUAGUCACUUUAAGCUGUCUGUGCAUCAUUGUAUCUAACAUAUAAAUCUACAUAUACAAGCCCAUUGACCAAAAUGAGAGGUCGAAUCCCUUAACUUAUUUCUAGAAUUGGUGAAUCACUUGACAGCUGAUGAUUGUAUGAUCACCUAACAAGCUUGUAUAAUAGUUUGUUCUUGAUGUUACAAAAGAAUUCUGAUCUUA